AUGGUCGGUUUCUGUCGCAACUUCUUCACCCUGACUACUCUGACGAACCCAACCACCGAAGUCAUGUCCGCUGCUGCCCAAAAGGCCGUCGAACUCGCAAUGCUUGGCCAGAUUGACGAGGCCUCCGCCAUUUUUGCGGUCCUUGCACAGCAUUACCUCUCGGAGACUGUUGAAGAACGUGAAAUCCUUCCAUUCAAUCAAAGGGUUCCCAAAGAGACUCCAUUCUUUUACGAAAUGCUCGACACCUUGCCACCGGGAGUAGGAGAAGUUGACACGCUUCCUAGUGAAGAAGAACUGCAGUGUCUUGAGAAACAAUUCCUAUAUGAAAUCCAACCUCACUUGAGAAAUGAGCCCCCAAUAGAUAUUGGUCAACAUGCGACAGAAGCCAACUUUGAGAAAGUGAAUAGUCUAGUGCAGAAAACAUUAGAGUCUGACGGUCAUUUCUCGCAUAUAAAUGCGACGACAGGGAGUGCGGCAUUAGAUUUCUCGUCUUACCUAACUAGUCUUCUAAGCAUCUCUUUGUACCUUGGCAAAACUGCCGAAGCAGAUGACAUUAUGGCUCGCAUUGCUAGCCGCAUCCAUGCAGCAGCGCAAGCUAGAAACCUAUCCCGUCUCCGACCUGUAUGGAAGAGAUAUUUCAAGUCUGGCUGGUUCCGUGACAAACUUGGACUGCUAGAUGAUGAACUAAAGGAAUACGCGGAGUUCAUUCUCAAAGUGACAAAGAAGAGACUAGCAGAAAGGCCAGUAAGGCCCAGUGAUCUGUUUAAGGAUAAAAGCUUUGAGGAAAUGCUCGACGAGCUCAAUCAGAAUACGCUGCGGCUGCCGGAGGUGUGGGAGGAAUGGGUGCAGGAGGGUCUUGCGCAUGGCGACGAGUCUGGAGCGAUUCCAAGCACCAUUCUUCGCGAACCAGCGACCGCAGACGAAAUUGCCAUCGCGGAAUCGAGAUUAGGCUGUUCACUGCCAGAUGAUCUCAAACAUUUCUACAGUCUUACCAACGGCUUGCGAGCCGUCCUCUCAGGACCUUAUAUUUACAUGCUCGAAACCCCUCUUCUGAGGGUCCAAGAACUGUUCUGGGAAGACAAUUGUGGCUACGGCUUUAAUUUGUUCCCAGAAUAUUUAUUCGCAGCAAAGUUUGUGCCUUUUCGCAUUGAGUGGCCGGAUAUUGAAUGUGGAGCAAUCGCCAUGUACGAGUUUAAUGGGCAGGGGACAAUGUACAUGUGGUAUUUGCAAGGGGAGGUACUGGUGAAAGCUAAGAAAGCCCUUGAUAAGGCCUAUCAGGAGGCGGGAGAGCCAAAAAAGAAAAUUAUUGAUAACCUGGUGGAACAAUACCAUGGAAGCUGGGAGAAGUUGCGGGAUCUACAAUCAUGCUGGUGUCAAGUGGCCUGGGGAGAGGGUGUGGAAGCCCUGUUUCAUGAUUUUCGGGACUUUCUGAGUCAUGUGGUGUACAAGAGUCGGUAUGAAAAGGAUAAAAGUCCACUUAAGCUGCCUGAAGAUGACCUCUGA